UGUGUGUGUGUGUGUAAAUGAGAUCCAUGAUCCUAUGUGGAUCUUACCUAAAUUAUUUAAUAUUGUUGCACAGUGAACACUAUACAAAUAAACAUGCAGCUCAGUUAACAAUAAAAGAAAGUUUUCCUUUAAUUUAUUAUUUAACGUCUUUCCACCCCAAAUACAUCUGAAGUAACCUGAGUUUAUUAACUUUCAGUGCCUCAUAAUUAAACAUCAGUUGCUUGCUUUAAGGAUAAAUCUGUUUUGUUUUUGAUUUGUUUUUUUUGGGGGGGGGGGUUAUGAUAAUCUUCUCAGUUUCCAAGUUCUCAAAGACAUUUACAAAGUAAAGCCCAUUAGUGUUACAGGAGAUAGAAUACAUGACAGUUUAAUCUGUUUUUAAAGGAACAGGUCUAUAAAUUUGCAAAGACUGAAAAGCAGGAAAUAUUCUGGAGAUUAAAAGGUGACACUUUCUUCAACACAUCCAUCCUCUUCUACUUAUCUGAUUCAGGGUUACCUAUCUCAGACAGAGUGAGAGGCAGGGAAUACUUUGAACAGGUCAGUAGUUUAUCACAAGAUUCACAUGUAGAGAAAGACAACCAUUCACACCUACAGCCACCGAAUAACCCAACCCAGGCAUGUCUUUGUGACAAAGACAUUGUAUCCAAAAAGUUGCUACAAAAACACAGGGGGAAAAAACACCCUGCAGAGUCUGGAUUCAACCCAGGACCUUCUUGAUGUGAGGCAACAGUGAUGACCACCAUACCACUGUCCCACAGGUUCUUGUAAGACUUCUAUUUAAAACAACUGAUGAAACCUUUAGGGAGUGCAGAAAAAAAACACGGCAUUAACAAUAUUUGAAACCGUCUCAUAUCUAAACACACAGGAGAAAACACAGAUAACAGAUUCUUUAUAUUUACUUUGCUGAACAGCACUGUCGCAACUGUCUCAACAUCUUCAGCACAGUUGCAGUUUUGCAGACAACAACAUGUAAAAUUUGUCUUUUAGGAAGAAUGUGGGGAUAGAGCUGUGUAGUGUCACAAAAGGAGGUGUCCCCAUUACGUUUAUUACAUCACCUGACAUAUAAACAUGAGCACAAAAGUCAACCACUGAAACUAAUUUUUCUGUUCAGCACUGUAAAUAAAUAGGUUUGAUUUGUUAUCUUAAUAAAAAGCUUUUUUUUGUAAAUUCAAGGAUGACAACAAUAAUUAUGUUUUAGCAUUAAAUAAGCACACUGAUGAAUUUACUAUUAGACAAACAUAAAAGUGAUUUUGCUAAUCAUCAGUAUUGUUAAUUUAGUGUAACUGUGGCAUAAACCUUACAUUUAGGUGGUGUUCUAACAUAUUUGUUAAGCAUUGUAUGUCCUGCUCUUGGUGUCAGUUUGCAUUAAUUUGAUGGGAAAUGCCCUCUAAACGUGAGAAAAUGCAGUAAAUUAUUUUAUGAUUUCAUCUCGUGAGGGUAAAAGUUUGUUUGGAGAGGAUAAAUUCUUCAGGGAGCUUACUUAAACCCCCACCAGGUGACAAACAACCUCCUACACAUCCUGUAGCCUAAUCCUCUUACAGAACUGGAAAAAUAACCCAUGGAAAAAUCGUGAACUCUGCUUAAAGGGGCUAUGGAUAGACAAAAGUCUCCUUCAGAGAAAUAACAUGAAGAAUGGUAAGUCGAGCCGUUAAGAUGGCCCAGUUAAGAAACACGCAAUCUCCUCAGUGUGACAGCAUUAAUCAUCACUGACGUUCUGAUGAUUAACCAGCCAGAAAAUCAUUUUGUUGGUGUUGGGAACUCAGCAAAUCCAAAUCGGUUGGUCUGAUGGAGGCAUGACGCUUAUCCCGCCUGUAAAUAUGUUUAUGGUUCAGUUUACUCACGGGGAGUAAAGGGUUUAUCCAUACAGCUCACUUCAGGAUUACAAACGGUAUAAAUACUGGAAGCGCUCCACUCUCCGUUCAGUCUGCGCCAGCUCUCACGGUACCGUUACGCACGGAUCACGGACACCCAGACAAUUCAUCUCGUUGUUAAAAAAGAGACUGACACGAAGUCAGACUAGAAAUUGUCAGCGCAGCACUCUUAGCUUUCCUGUGAAACUUUCUGGGAAUAAUCAAGACUAUGUCUGUGGUGAGCGCAGUGCCUUUCCUGAAGCCUCUCCACAUGCGCUCUCCGGUGCCUCAGGGCCGCCGCCACACGCUGCCGGCCAGCGAGUUCCGCUCCCUCAGCCCGGAAGAUGCCAUCAGUGUGUUCGAGAUUGAAAGAGAAGCUUUCAUCUCUGUCUCCGGUGAGUGUCCUCUCCACCUGGACGAGGUGCGUCACUUCCUCACUCUGUGUCCUGAGCUGUCUCUUGGCUGGUUCGAGGAGGGACGGCUGGUGGCUUUUAUCAUCGGCUCACUGUGGGACCAGGAGAGGCUUACCACGGACGCCCUUACGCUCCACAAGCCUCACGGGACCACCGUUCACAUCCACGUCCUGGCCGUCCACCGGACCUUCCGCCAGCAGGGAAAAGGCUCCAUCCUGAUGUGGCGUUACCUGCAGUACCUCCGCUGCCUGCCCUACGUCCGCCGCGCCGUGCUCAUGUGUGAGGACUUUCUGGUCCCCUUCUACCAGAAGUCAGGCUUUAAAGUGCUGGGCCCCAGCAACAUAACAGUGGGGCCCCUUAACUUCACAGAGAUGUUCUACCCCGUGAGGGGCCACGCCUUCAUGCGGCGCAACAGUGGCUGCUGAAGAGACACAGACUCGAUGUGGAUUCUCUAUAGCUGU